UACAAUUUUCCAUGAAUGGAUUAUCUAAAAUAAUUUUAUUAAGUUUCGAAUAUCCGUUGCAUCGAUAUUAAAUCUUGGAAAUGUAAAUAAUUCGUUGAUCACAGACGAGAUACAAUUUACGUUAAACAAAAUUAGCGCGUAUGAGCGAUAGCUAUAAAUUGUAUUGUGCUUUGGAUAUUUUGUAUUACUUGGCACGUCCUGUGCUUUCAAUGAAAUAAUUUAAAAAAAGUUAUACAGCCGAGAGCGGCAUAAUUUUAAAUGUCGGCGCAGUAUGAGCACAAUAUAGCUCUGCAUGCUCUGCACCGAUGUAUGUAAAUAAGUCGAAUUUCUAUCACAGCGUCGUGUGUUGAGGAAUAGUACAACUCAGGUCUCAGGUUUCACUCACAAGAUUUGAAGUUCUUUCUCACUAUUGCUCAAUGACUCUAGUCACUCAUUUCCUCUCUGAUAGUAGAAUAAUGUCAUGUGCUUUAUUUACGACAUAAAAAAAAAUCGAGUAAUUCGUGUUUGAUAUAAUUUUAUUGUCAGGCGCUAAUUAUUAUUGCGUGCUUAAGAUUUGACGUUACAAAUUAUUUUCAUAAAAGAUUGUGUCGUAAUGCCUGAUCGUAACCCGCUAGUGUAUGUACUCUUUCACCCAUGAGCGGUUCGUUCGUUUUUUAAAUGAUUCUAUCGUUAAUUAAGAAAGUUGAAUUACAAGCACGAUUCUAAAUAUAUAUGUGACUUUUUUCUAUAAAAUAUAAAGCACCUGUGCGAAGUUUUCAUUGUACAUAUACCUCAACAUGUUUCAACGUUGUAAAGUUUUAUGUCUAAUGCCAAACAUACAAUCACGCUACAAGAGCGUACUAUCUAAGCAAGAAGCAAUAGAGAGGAAGAAUUUGUUGUUUGAAGAGGAGCAGAAGAAACAGAGAAAUGCAGUAGGAAGAAUUGAAAAAAUUGAAGUCAAAUAUAAAUCCCCUAUAGAAGAUGUAGUUCUCAUAAUGAACAAAUGUUUAUCCACCCCUGCUGAUUGUGCAAAACAUAUAUCCGAAGGUGUUUCCAAAGUAUCUGCCCUAGCCUUAGUGGACGGACUACCAUGGGACAUGAAUAGGCCUUUAACAUCAAAAUGUGAAUUGAAACUCCUAAAUUUACUUAGCCCAGAGAACAAAAUCGUUAACACAGCUUUCUGGAGAACCUGUUCUUUCAUUUUGGGUGCAGUAGUGGACACAGCAUUCAAACCAGAUGUAAAAGUCCAUUUGCAUAGUUUUCCAGUACCUAUUAUAAAGUCUGGUAGUUUUAUCUACGAUGUGCAUCUCGAAUUGGAUGAUUGGAAACCCACGGAUCAGGAAAUGCGUGCAUUUUCUGCUCAGUACAUGAAACUUGUGAACCAAGCAUUGCCUAUAGAAAGGAUAGACACUACAGAAAGCAUUGCGCUUGAUAUAUUUCAAGAAAAUCCAAUCAAAUCAGAACAAAUACCAGACAUCGCGAAAUCUAAUAAUAACAAAGUCAGUUUGUACAGGAUCGGACAACACAUAGACAUUAGCAAAGGACCUAUGGUAGGAAAUAGUUCGUUAAUAGGUCGAUGUACGAUCGCUGCUAUUCACAAAGUACCGAAUAAAGAGAAUUUGUAUAGAUUUCAAGGGGUAGCCCUUCCCCAAGGGGUUCUUUUAAAUCAGUUCGCAUACGGUUUGUUAGUGAAUCGCGCUAAAGAAUUAAACACGACAGCGUGGUCGUUCUUGUCGGAUGAGAGCAAAGAUGAGGAAGAGAGCUAUGUUGAGGUGUCUGUUAGAAACUAGUUUUUAUAAACCAAAUAUAUAUAGUAUUAAUAAAAAUGAAUUUUCGACAUAA